AUGUUACGGAGAAUCCGACCGAAUCUCACGUUCGCGGCGGCGCGGCCGACGUCGCACCUCGAGUUCGGCAACGGUCGCGACGAGCGACGAGGCGGCGCGUUGUCGAUUUCCUUGUCAUGCACAGUGGACGCUGCGAUGAUUUUCAGAGCGUUUCACGCGCUCGUACAGACCCCGUUCGCGUUAGCGGGUGCGUUUCUGUUCGUGAAGACGUUCGUAGAGCGGGCACGCGAGUGCGAGCGUGUGACGGUGGCUGCGAAACGCGCCCAGACUCCAGAAGCGGAAUCGGCGGUUCCGGGAGACGCGGGAGUCGAAUGUGCGCUCAUGUUUUCCAUUCCGAUCGUCGAGCUCGAUCGUGGUAAAGAUGAGUGCGGUGACAGCGACGAAUUCGAAUCGAUGCACGACGACGCGUCGUGGUCCUCGAUGGGACUGUCGGAACAAGAAUGGAGUUUUGUAUCGGACGACGCGGCAUCGAGCGAAGAGGACGCGAGCGAGGCGUGUGUGUGA